AUGAGGUCUCCUGGGAGUGCCACAAUCCCUGGGAGUACCCCUUGGGGCGAUGUUGGCCCUGAAAGGUUCCCUAGUGGCGACUUUGCCCGUAGCAGGGCCCCUAUGGAAGCUGCCACCCCAAAGGAGGGCCCAUGGCCCCUAUGGGGCACUGCAGCACUAAGAAGAGCACCUGGGGGCGUCACUGCCCCUAAGAAGAGCCCCUGGGGACGUCGUUGCCCCUCGGCGGGCCCCGGGGGAGCCACCAUUCCUGAGAAGUCCUUUGGGGGCGUUGCUGCCCCUGGGAGGACCCCUGUGGGUGCCGCCGCUCCUGGAAGGGCCCCUGGAUGCGCCCCCGCUCUUGGGAGAGCCUCUGAAGGCGCCAUUGCGCCUAUGAGGUCUCCUGGGAGUGCCGCAAUCCCUGGGAGUACCCCUUGGGGCGAUGUUGGCCCUGAAAGGUCCCCAAGUGGCGCCUUUGCCCGUAGCAGGGCCCCUAUGGAAGCUGCCACCCCAAAGGAGGGCCCAUGUGGGUGCCAUCACCACUUUAAGGGCCCCUAG